ACAAACGUGGCUAACUAGCUAGCGUUAGCUCUUCUUAUAAAUAUAUCUCUUAUAUUCUUAAAUAUUUUAUUUUUUACAAAUGACAACUGUAACGUUACAUAAAUCUAUAUGGAGGUUGAAACUUUUUUGGACGUUUUUUGCCUGGGACCAAAGAAGACGACGGUAAUCCAUGGAAGAUGUUUGAGCCCAGUGAAAGCGCGGGUGAAUUGGUGCUCACCAUUGUGGAAUCCGGUCAUAUGUUGUUGUCCCAAGGUCACGAACUUCUGGAUGGGUUUUCCUUGCUUGAUGCUCCAAGCUUCCUCACAGUUCAGCAGAAAUCAGAUACCCUACUUUUCCGUCUGACUGUUAAGGGGGAGAGUUGUUCGAUCAGGAUGCAGUUCAGUGGCAGCAGGGCUGAGGCCCUGGAGGAGCGUGGCAGUGCAGUACUCAGACUGAAGGAGUACCUGCCUGUCACCACACAGGGGGGGGGGCCACCACCACCACUCAGCUGCACCCCAACAUCCAAUCAGCCCCCUACCAAGACCACUGCACAGGAUCAACAGAAUGUCAUUCUUCACAAUGUAUGA